UCUCCUCUCCUCUCCUCUCCUCUCGCUUUCGGUGCUUGAUUCUUGCUCUCAUUCUCUGCAAUUUCCUGGGCUUUUACUUUGCUGUUCUGUUGCUCUCUUCUCGCGUUUGUUUGCUGGGAAACAGCUCGAAAAAGUGUUAAGGCAUUGAAAGAAUCGUUCUUGACAGGUGCUGCACUGCUCUUUGACGAUUACUUUGGGGAUUCGUAUUUUGAUUUUCCUUUUGUUUUAUAGCUCCAGAAAGGAGGUUGAAGAUUUCUAACGAGUCUGAUUUAAAAGAAACUCCGUUCUUCGAACAUUUGUUUGCAUAGUUCUAUCAUCUAAUAUAUACACUGUGGCUAAAAAGAUGACAACUUCCAGUGGUCAGGACUUCCGUGCUUGAUGGACUGCUUGCCAACUAGCAGUGAUAAGAACACUUUGAAGAGGUGGUUUUUCAUUGAUAAAAGGGUUGGGUGAAGAUAUAUACGAUAUUAGUGCUUCUCAUUCAAAAGGAUUGUCUGCUGUAAACUUUUACCUCAUUCGUCUACCUUAAAUUGCUUUAGAAGUCUGGAUCAAAUGGACCUUAAAUCGAAUCACACUGCUCCUGUUCUCACUGACCCUGCACCCAUAAGCAAAUCAAGAUUGGGCGUGCACUCCAGUCUGUUGCCAUACUCUCCUGGAACUGCUUUUUCGUCAAAUUUAUUUCUAACUAUCCCUUGGAAGAAAACUGGAGUACUGGAUGAUGUUCGCUCGAGUAGCUGGCUUGACGCCAUGAAAUCCUCAUCCCCUACUCACAAGAGGAUAACCAAAGAGAAUGCCUCAGCUGACAAUGAUGUUGCUUAUGCCACCUGGACGCUUAAGUAUCCAUCAGCAAUUGCAUCUUUUGAGCAAAUUGCAAACUUUGCAAAAGGCAAGAGAAUAGCAUUGUUUCUAGAUUACGAUGGGACUCUUUCACCAAUUGUUGACAACCCUGAUCGUGCCUUCAUGUCUGAUGCUAUGCGAUCUGCUGUAGAGAAGGUAGCAAAAUGUUUCCCAACAGCAAUAAUAAGUGGGAGAAGCCGUGAUAAGGUGCACGAGUUUGUAGGACUAAAAGAACUCUAUUAUGCGGGUAGUCAUGGGAUGGACAUAAUGGGACCUGUUAGACAAUAUAUAUCUGAUGACCAGCCAAAUAGUGUGAGGUCUACUGACGAGCAGGGCAAGGAAGUUAAUUUGUUCCAACCAGCUAGUGAAUUUUUACCCAUGAUUGAUGAGGUUUAUAGUUCUCUUGUUGAGAAUACAAAAUAUAUUAAAGGAGUGAAAGUUGAAAACAACAAGUUCUGUGUAUCUGUACAUUACCGUAAUGUAGAUGAUAAGAGUUGGAAAUCAGUUGCACAGUGUGUAUAUGAUGUCAUAAAGAACUAUCCACGCCUGCGAUUGACUCAUGGGAGGAUGGUUUUAGAGGUCCGACCUGUGAUCAAUUGGAAUAAGGGGAAGGCUGUGACGUUUCUGCUAGAAUCACUUGGUCUAAGCAAUUGUGAUGACGUGCUUCCAAUUUAUGUUGGAGAUGACCGAACAGAUGAAGAUGCUUUUAAGGUUUUGAGAGAAAGGAACUGUGGUUUGGGUAUUUUAGUAUCACCAGUGCCCAAGGAGACCAAUGCAUUUUACUCUCUUAGGGACCCAUCAGAGGUGAUGGAGUUCCUGGAGUAUCUUGUGAUGUGGAAGAAGUGAAGCGCGUUAUGUGAUUUGCAAAUAAUAUGUAAAGAAGAGAAUAUGACUUUGGCGACAUACAUCAUAUGAUAAGAAAGCAGAAAUGUUGUUUUUGGUUUCUUAGGAAAUACCACCCAAGUUUUAUUGAAGCAGAGUUUUGCAGGAGACUUUCCUUUAUAGUCACUAGAAUCCUGCGUAAUUAGAUUACUACUGCUCAAAGCUUCUUUGUCUCAAAUUGUAAAUCCAUUUCUUUGAUUUUCAUUAAAUUGCUUUUAGCAUGUCGGUUUAUUGACAUUUGUGGUCAGUGGGAUUGCACAGAAUUAUAAAAACAUUUGUUUAUUCUUUUAAAUAUAUAAUUCUGUUUUCUUUUA